AAACGAAUGAAGAAUAUAUAUAUAUAUAUAUAUAUAUAUAUAUAUAUAUAUAUGCAUCAACACAGACAUACACAGUAUGACAUAGCAACAUGGAAACCCAUUCGUAGGUAGAUAGAUAGAUAUAUUUCUAUGUUAAGUAUAAUUGUUCAUAAAUAGUUGUUACAUACUACUUAUUAUUCAUCAUAAGAAUAUUUAGUUUUUAACUUGCUUCAUUCCUCCUGUAAAAACUAAUUAAAAUCAUACUAAUAUUGUUACCAUUAAUAAACAGAACACAUAUUGAAAUGUAAUAUUCAUGGAAGUAUUUCUCAUAGUUAUUGAUUUAUUGAUUGAAAAGGAUCACAUUUAAUUUUUACACAAUUUUUGUUCUUUAAUGAUGACUCUUAUAAAAGCAAGUAAUUAAUACAUUGUUCAUAUUUAUCACAAUGUAUCAUCAGUUCAUAUCAUUGAAUGGUUUACAAUUUAAUUAAAUAUUUAUGUCAAAUAUAAGGCGUCAUGUGGAAGAAAUGUUGUACUAUAAGCUGUAUAAAAUGUAAUGAACAUCAUCCUCAGCCAAAUUUGCAACAAAAGAAGACAUCGAAAUUGAGAACAAUUAAGCAUCCUUCAAAAAGUUCAGAGAAUAGUCAGGCUUUAUUAUUAGCGAAUUCUUCAAAUACAAAACAUGUAGAAAAUAAUUAUCAUGAAAAUUUAAAAAGUGAUCAUUUGGCCACUUCUAUGACCACUAGUAAGGAUUAUCAAUUGGAGAUUCAGAAUAUGGUAGAUAGUAGUGAUCGUGGAAGUAUGAUGACGACAGUCACUACUACUAACACUACAAUAACAACAACAACAACUGAUAUGACUACUAUAUGUACUUCUACUUCCAAUAAUAGCAUGACAACUUCAGAUUUUAGUAAAAUAACUUUGUGUCAACCUGGAACUAACGGUAAAUAUAGUCAGCAUCCAUCACAGGUUAAUCCAAUGAAUACAAACACUGUAAAUAUUACUACUACUACUACAACUUCUACUAUUACUGCUGAUACGAGCGAUAGAAAUAAUGACAAUGCUCGUGGAUCACAAGAUAAUGUUCUAAGCCCCAUUACAUUGUCAAAUAUGAAUAGUUCACCCGUAAUAAAGCGUCCAGCUAAACAAUUAGAAUCUUUUGUACACAGAAUUGAAAAGGAUGAGGAAGGCACUAGGCCAUUUAAUCAGCUAUUUAGGCGAUCUAUUUCCAAUAUACAUUUCACAACGAAUAAUCAUGCUUAUUCCUAUUGUAAUCAUCAUAAUUCUCCUACAUUUUUUUUACCACGUACAUCAACUGAUCCAAAUACGUCAACUGGAAAUGGUUUAAAUUCGAUUACAAAUAAUUCAUUUGAAUCACAAUUAAUGAAUAAAAAAAUUCCUAUACGUAGAGGAUCGAUGAUUGUUAGAUUGGGUCGAUCUAGUACAGGCGGAGCAACUGCUGCAACUAGUACCAGUUCAUCAAGUACAAAUGGAAUAACUGCAGUCUUACCAGAUUCAUCUGUUGAAGGUGUGAUUGUGACACCAUUUGCUCAAGUGCUUGUUAGUAUGCAACGAAUACGGAAUGCAUUUAUCAGGUUAACCUCUGCUCAAGUAUCAAAUAAAUAUAACAUCACAACCGUAUUUGAUUCUGUUCCGACUGGCAAUCUAACACCAGAUAGUAGUGAUUAUAAAAUAAUUGCAAAUGAAACUCUUGAAGAAUUGGAAUGGUGUCUUAAACAAUUGGAAAAUAUCCAGACGAAGAGGCCUGUCUCUGAUAUGGCUUUUUCAAAAUUUAAACGUUUACUCAACAAAGAGUUGAAUAGUUUUGGUGAAGCUGAUAAAUCUAGACAUCAAAUAUCUGCAUAUAUUUGUGAGACAUUUUUAGAAACUGAAAAAGACGUUGAAACCAAUGAAGAGAUUGACUCUAUGCUGGAACGACGACGUAGUAGUGGUCAGUCGCACAAUUCAACCAGUGGACAAGAUACAAACACUACAAGUAAAAGACAGGCUUCAGGAACUGGUGAUCAAAAUGCUAAUCCAAAUACUACAAGGACACCGGAUACUUCUUCUUCAGUUUCCUCAUCAGUUAUAAAAACAAGAAUAGGAUCAACUGGAAGUAUGUCAACUGAAUCUCGUAAAAGCGCUCAACUAAAUGAUUAUAGCGGUUUGCUAACAACAAAAUUGCCAUCCAGUUCAAAGUUAACGAGUCAAAAUGUAGACGACGGUAACGGGCCAUUCCUACCAAUUCAUGGGGUUGAAACGCCUAAUGAUAAUGAGUUGGAGGAAAGAUUCUCACUGUGUUUGGACGAAUGGGGUGUAGAUAUCUUUGAAAUUGAUCGACUUUCUAAUGGACAUGCUCUUACAACAGUUGCCUAUAGAAUAUUUCAGAAACGUGAUCUACUCAAAACAUUUUGUAUUGAUCCUCAUAUUUUUGUACGUUAUCUGUUAAGAGUUGAAUCAACUUACCAUGCUGAUGUUCCUUAUCAUAACUCAAUGCAUGCAGCCGAUGUUCUUCAAACGGCACAUUUUUUGCUACAGGCAGAAGCAUUGGACGAUGUUUUCAGCGAUUUGGAAAUUUUAGCUGUUUUGUUUGCCGCAGCUAUACAUGACGUAGAUCAUCCUGGAGUAACUAAUCAAUUUCUAAUCAAUACUGGUCAUGAAUUAGCCUUACAAUAUAAUGAUGCAUCCGUACUGGAAAACCAUCAUCUUUAUAUGGCAUUUAAAAUUUUAACUGAAAAAGACUGUGAUAUAUUUGCUAAUUUAGGUGGAAAAAAACGUCAAACAUUACGUAGAAUGGUUAUAGAAUUGGUGUUAGCAACAGAUAUGUCUAAGCAUAUGAGUUUAUUAGCUGAUUUAAGAACAAUGGUUGAAACUAAAAAAGUUUCUGGAUCCGGUAUGUUGAAUUUGGACAAUUAUGCUGAUCGUAUACAGAUAUUACAAAAUAUGAUUCAUUGUGCUGAUCUUAGUAAUCCAGCUAAACCAUUACGAUUAUAUCGUAAAUGGACUGGACGUUUAAUUGAAGAAUUUUUCAGACAGGGGGAUAAAGAAAGAGAGUUGUCAUUGGAAAUUAGCCCAAUGUGUGAUCGUGAAUCGGUAGAAGUUGAAAAGUCUCAGGUUAGCUUCAUUGAUUUUGUGUGUCACCCAUUAUGGGAAACAUGGUGUGAUCUAGUACACCCCUGUGCUCAAUUAAUUCUAGAUACAUUGGAAGAUAAUCGUGACUGGUAUGAAUGUCAUAUAAAAGAAUCCAAAAUGAAAGUUACUCAGUUAGCUCGACCAAAAUUAGCUACUGCCGCAGAAGAUGAUGAAGAAAUUUCCACAACUUCAGGAAACACAUAAAUUUUAUUCGUCAAUAAUUAUUGAGAAAAAGAUGGAGGUAAGGGGGCAGAUGAAAUGAAAUAUAGGAUGGCAAAUAAUACACACAAAAAAUGUAAAUACUCAGAUAAUAUUACCUUUUUCACAAUCUACAUGAAACUAAUAUCCACCCAACCAAAAUGAUAUAAGUAUAAUCGUCAAAUAUAUUUAUUGAUAAUAAAUAUUUUUUACAUUAGAUUAAUAAACGAUAAUCAAUCAAAAUCUAUUGACUCUCUAAUGUAGGAACCAUUUAUAUGAUUAUAGUCGUUAUUGAUUCGGUUAUUUUGAAGAAAAGAAAAAAAAAGGAAGUGUUUUAAUGAUUAUCUAAUUAUGUCGUAUAAUAUAUUUUCAUCUCUAUGACUUUUUCUGAUAUUAUCUAACUGUUUAUUCAUGUAUUCACUCAUUCACUUAUCUAUUUCACCUUCAUUUAUGGACAUAUAUUAUAAAUAUUAAACAAGAUACUUAAAUGAUUCAAAAAGGUUUAGUACAUUUAUGAAUUCAGUUACUUUUGUGAAUUAAGAAACAAACAAAAAAAUUUAAAAAAAAACAACAACUGAAAGAUACUUUACAUAUGCAUACAUUCUACCCAUUGAAAAGAAACUAGCAUCUGUUUUAUUUUCUAAUUUCAGCGAACGAUUUCUUUCAUUUUUUGUACUUCUUAAACUAAGAAAUUUGUGUUUCUGCAUAUUUAUAAAGGAGACAGAAAUAAUAAAAAGGUGCACUGAAAUCUAGAAAGCAUUUCAUUUUAAAAACAGAUAUUAUUUAAUAUGGUGGACAUGUUCUUAUCUGCCUAAUCUGUUUCCCCCAUCAUUCCCUUCCAUACGAUCAUUUCAUUUAUCAGUAUGGUUAUUUUAUUCAUUCAUGUUUGUUUGUUAAAGAUUUUUUGUUGCUUUUUUACGCUUUAUUUUUCGUAACAAAACACCCACACACACUGAACAUUGAAAUGAUAAUUUUUUUUUAAAUUCAAGCUUCUUAAUAAAAUAAAGUUUGAAAUGAAAAUUAAUUAAAUCCAUAAUGAGAAAUAUCGAAUAACUAAACCUGAAAAAAAACCUUGCUCCUGAUAAAUAAUUCUGAGAAGCUCGGUGAUAAGGAGCUUUUUAAUAUUUUGUUUUGGUCUUCACUGAUUACCGCUAUGAAUUAUCUAUUGGCUAUAUGAAAAUUCAAGACUCAAAUGAUCUCUUACAAGUAUAUUCAUUAAAUUAUUUGAUUAAUUAAACAGUUAUUAUAUUGCUAGAAUUCAUCAUCUUUCAACUAUCUUAGCGCCUACUACCUUGUGUAUAUUUGUGAAUGUGUUCACGUGAUUGUUUCUUUCAGAAUGUUCAAAUAAUUAAUUUUCACUUACGCUGAUAAUCAUAGCCUAAUGUAUAAUGAAUAUAUGAUGGUGUUUCUUUCCAGUCAUGUUUUUAAAGUAUAAUAUAAAUGUAUAUGUAUGUAUAUGAUGUAAUCUAUCGACCAAUCGUCUCAUAAAUGAUUUCCAUAUCGAUCUUGUUUCACUGCUAAGUUGAAAGAUCGAUUGAUAAUCAUGUGAGAAUGUAAUUUGUUUGUAGUUAUUUUGCUAAAUGAACCGACAGAAGAUUCUGUACUUCAAACAUAAACAAUUAUCAAGAUAAUUUAUAUGAGUUCUAGACAAUUGAUCGUUUUUUCCUGAUUUUACGACCAAAAAAGAAAUUAUGUUGCUUCAAAAAAUUCAUUUUUAUUUUUCAUGAUGAAAUACUGCUUCGUAUUUCAUUUUAAAAAUAACCGAAAUGUGUUUCCCUCCCUCUGUCCUUCUCUUUUUGCAUGAAUGUGCUUGUUUCUUAUAAUCAGAAAUAUUAUUAUUGUCAUUUAUUCUGUUUUAAUAAGAUCUAAUUGUUGGAUCGAUAUUUUCAUUGGUAAUCCAUACAUUGUGAAAAUGCAAAGAAACAAAACUGGAUUGGAAAAAGGGAGAAACAUGAACACAUAUAAGGAAAACAAAUAUGAUCAAUGAUAACAACCAUUCAUUUGUAUUUGCAUGCAAUAAAAGAUUAUUUAUCAACAUAAAUCAACGUUUUUUUGUCUG